AUGGUGUUUGGAGUGAUCGUGGCGGCCGUGGGACAAACCCAGCCGGUUUUUUCCAUCUUUUACACCCCCGAGGGAAAUGACUCGCUGCGAAUUGUGCGUCAACAAGCGAUCAUCCGCCGCGUCGCAGACGACCACUCUUUUCAGCUGCAGUGCCUGCGCGGCGCGCAGCAGGCGGGCGAAGAGAAACUCAGCCAGCAAAAGGCCGCAGCAGCAAAUUCUGCAGCUGCGGGAACUUCUUUAUUCGGCGCUUUAAUUAGCAAUUCAAUUUCUGCACAAGAAGAGCUGCAUGCGCCCGCGGGCGCCAAGAGAAGUGCAGAUUCAAAGCCCGGCAAACGGCAAUGGGGAGAGAGCGGCGUUUGCCCUGAAAACGGAAUGCUGGAGGGUGUUUUGCUGCUGCCGAUUUCCUCGCUGUUCAGCACUCCCAAGUUCGUGCUGUGGAAGCGCGUGGACGAGCUGCUGUACGCCGUGGUUUUGGACUUAGCCGAAAACUGCUUGCUGGCUUCGAACGCGCUGACGCUCUUUAUUCACAUUCUUGCGGACAUCUUCGGAGUUAAGACUGACUCAGCUCCUUUGUCGGAUCUUUUCCUGAAAAGGCCAGACGCGCUGCUGGUGACUCUGCACUAUUUGCUGCCAGGAGGACAGUUGAUGUUUUUGAAUGUCUCGAGGGCUCAGCGAAUAAAAGCUGAUGUUAAAGAUGCUCUUCGGCAGGCGACUCAAGGGGGGAAGCUGUGA